CAACCACCAUUUCAACCACCUCUGACCUCCGAUCUCUCUCCUCUCCACUUGUCAACCAUCUUUCACACACACUCUCUGUUUCGCUAGCUCUAGCUCUGGUUCGUUCGAUCGCAGGCAAGAUGAAUAUCUCAUCCUACUUCUUCUCCUCGUCCUCCUCAUCCUCCUCGUCAUCGGACAAGAAGUCGUCGUCCUCCAAGCGCCGGCAGCAGGCAGCGCAGCAGCCGGACUCCAACCCGACGCGCUACCUCGGGGUGCGGCGGCGGCCGUGGGGCAGGUACGCGGCGGAGAUCCGUGACCCAGCGACCAAGGACCGUCACUGGCUCGGGACCUUUGACACCGCGGAGGAGGCCGCCGUCGCCUACGACCGCGCCGCUCGCUCCCUCCGCGGCGUCCGCGCCCGUACCAACUUCGCCUACCCGGACCUUCCCCCGGGUUCCUCCAUCACCCCUUACCUCUCCCCCGACCUCACCUCCGGCGACAACAACGUGCAGCUGCUCCAGCCAUUCUACGCCGACCCGACGCCCCUGCCGGCGCAUCAGCAAGCGGCUGGAGGUGGCGCCCACCAUGUCGGGAGCGAGUACAUGUAUGGAGGUGCCGCUGACAUGUCGUCGCUGAUGGACGACAUCGCCAUGCCAGACGACCUCCCCAUGAUCGACGGCGGCGGCGACAUGGACUACUCCAUGUACGACACCAGCAGCAACGGCGCCAAUGCCGGCGGAGGGUGGUGCGACGCGUCCGAGCUCGGAGCGUACUCCUCCGCGCCGGGCGGCGGGCACGGGGUGUACUUCGAGGAAGGCUACGUGCACAGCCCGCUCUUCUCGCCGAUGCCGGCCGUCGACGACGCCGGCGCCGACGGGUUCCAGCUCGGCGGCUCGUCGUCUUCCUACUACUACUGAUGAUGCAUCUCGAUCACGUGCGCGUCGGUGCCAUGUCGACCGCCUCCGCGCCCGCCGUUUGUGCUGCGGUGUGGUGAGUUGCUGGGUGUGCUUAGCAGUUAAUUUACUUACUUUGAUACGUGUCGUGGUAAUAAUGCGCUUAUUAUCUCUUUUUGUUUACAUCAUGGGCCUGAAUCUUCCCUUCUGGAGAUCCAUGAGCCUUUUGUAUUGGGCUGUACUGCGUUUUGCUUUUUUGGGCUUCCUUUGUAUGUACAAAUAUGAUCAGUCGGCAUACACCUGUGUGUUGCUGGCGCUUCAGUGUAAUAUAUUAUCCCUGUCUUAUGAUUUACACAUUCA